AUGAAGGCUGCAAUUACCUUGACCACAGGUCUCCUGGCUGCUUCUAGCAUGGCAAAUGCUGCACAACCUUCAAGGGACAACCUAAAAAUGCUGCUCAGCAAAGCCAGAAGGUUGGAUGAUGGCGGCAAUGACAAUGGAAACAACAAUAAUAAUAAUAACAACAACAACAAUAAUAACAACAACAACAAUGGAGGAGGCGAUGACAAUGAAAAUGUUCAUGCAUUUUUGGACAACUAUUCCGUUGUUCUGCACGAGUGUCAUUCUGAAAUCACGUUGUACCCCAAUGAAGAUUACCCCAUCUACGGAGCCGUGGUCUUUCGAAUGUGCCCUGGCAAUUCCUGCAAUGCGGAUUCCAAGCAAGCUUGCAAGUCCGGACACGCUGACUUUGCCGUGGACAUUGGUACCUACGUCACAGCCAUGAUGAACGAUCAAGAAGGCAACAUGAAUUGGGAUGAUCAAUACGGGGAUUGGGCCAACUAUGCGGAAUGUACUCAGUACGAUCAAGAAAAUGGGGGUCAAUACUAUGUGGGACCCACUUGUACCAGCGACAAAAAGAAUAUUCGACUGGCGGUCUUUGACGAGUACACUUGUCAGGAGGAAUCCUCCACUUCCUUUUCUUCCAUCAGCAACGGAUGGUCUUUGCCGUAUUCCACUGGCGGUAUGGUUCCCUCCAAAUGCAUUUCGUGUUACGACCAAGAUCAAGGUGGUCCCUCGGAAAUGUGCACCAACUUGUAUGAUUAUUCUGCUUACCGUUGCGAAACCGACUGGGAUAUCAAUCACUUUUACUGGAAUGCGAUUACGGAAGUCAACAAGUACGGAAGAGAUACCACUGGUUGCAAAACCAUCGAUCGAUUCAACUACUCUAGGCCAAAGGCCAAUGUCAUUGGAGAACUCUUCUUUGUCUUUGUAUUGAUGGGAAUAGCCAUUGCUGGAUACCUCUAUUACCGCCAGUGGUGGGAUGAGAAGGUGCAAAGUCUGGAACGCAUCAAUACGGAAGAUCUUGGGGAUGAUAAGGAUGAUGACGACGAUGAUGAAGAUGGUGAUGCCUAUGACAACUACCAUGCACACGAUGAUGAAGGCGAGAAAGCAACUUCACCCUCUGGUGGAACUAUGGCAUAA